AUGGCCUCUCUGAACAAACACUUGGUGAUGAUUGUGCUACAGUUCCUGCGGGAGGAGAACUUCAAAGAGGCUGCUCGAAGUUUGGAGAAAGAAUCAGGGUUUUAUUUCAACAUGAGAUACUUUGAGGAAAAAGUUCUGGCUGGUGAAUGGGAUGAAGUUGAGAAAUACCUGUCCGGAUUUACCAAUGUAGAGGACAACAGAUUCUCCGUGAAGAUUUAUUACGAGCUUCGAAAACACAAAUACUUGGAGGCUCUUGACAGGAAAGACAAGAUAGAAGCACUUCAUAUCCUGGAGAAUGAGUUAAAAGUAUUCUCUCGGGUUAAAAAUGAUUUAUACAGAGAUAUGACUCUGCUGCUGUCUCUUGAUAAUUUCAGGGAGAAUGAGCAACUAUCAAAGUACGAUAACAUGGUAGAAGCUCGUGGUACAAUGAUGAUGGAGCUAAAGAAGAUUAUUGGAGCUAAUCCAGUCUUCAACGGCAAGCUUGAGUUCCCUAGCUCGCGGUCAGCAAGAUUGCGAACAUUGGUCAACCAGAGUUUGAACUGGCAGCACCACUUGUGCGGAAACAAUAGGCCUUAUCCGGACAAUAUAAAGACGUUGUACACAGACCAUACAUGUGAACUGUCAAAGGGUUCUCUUGCAACUCUACCUGUCAAUUUUCCAGCUGCUGGAAGUGCCAAUCCCACCUCCUUCACGCGGCCCGGAGUUUAUACUAGGAAUACUAAAACCAUUUUGUUUUUUAUCAAACAUAUGCAGCCAUUUCGAGUUCCUGCAUCAGCUAUUUCCAAUCAAGGUCAAGUAUCUACUCUGAACCGCACAGUCACUGCUCCAGCUAGGCUAGAUAUGGACGAGUAUCAGUUACUCAAGCGUUUGCGGACUGCACAGCCUGUUGAGGAGAAUGAGGUUGAUGCUGUUGGUAAAAAUAAGGGAAUUUUAAACCCCGUGGAUGAUGCAGUCAAUAAGACCACACCCUGGCAGUUAACAGCAGAGAAGAUUGAUCAUCCUGUUCGAUGUCGGCUGGUAACACUGAAUGCCUCAGAUGCUGGAGACAAGGUUUCUCAGCUUUUAUAUACAAAUGCCGGCACUGGAAUUUUGGUACUUGGAUCAAGUGGAUUUCAGAUGCUGUAUAAGUGGGUGCGCCAUGAAAACAAUCCAAGUGGAAAGGCCACCGCAAAAGAACUUCCCCAUUUGUGGAAGCCAAGUAGCGGUUUACUUAUGGCCAAUGAUAUUGCAGGUGUUGACCUCCAGAAAUCUUCUCCGUGCAUUGCCCUCACAAAGAAUGACUCUUACGUCAUGUCUGCUUUUGGCGGAAAGGUUUCAGUGUUCAAUGCACUCACCUACGAGGUAAUGACUACUUUCAUGUCAACUCCACCAGUACCGACCUUCCUGGCAUUUUUUCCUCCGGACAAUAACUACGUAGCUGUUGGAAUGGAUGAUUCCACUAUCCACAUCUACAAUGUUCGGGGUGACGAGGUGAAAUGUAUACUGAAAGGCCACCAGGACCGGGUGACAGGUUUAGCCUUCUCCACGAAACUUAAUAUCUUGAUCUCCUCAGGAGCUGAUGCUCAUAUCUGUAUCUGGAGCACUGAUACAUGGGAGAAGAAAAAUUCUUUUCCCUUGCAACUAACUACUUCUGAAUCAUGUAGUGCAUGUACCGGUGACACACGAGUACAACUCCAUCGUGAUGAAAUUCAAUUUCUGGUGUCACAUGGAACACAACUUGCACUAUAUGAUGCAGAAAAUGUGGAUCGUGUUCAACGGUGGAUCCCUCAGGAUGCCCUUUCAGCACAAAUUACUUCUGCAGCAUUCUCCUGCAACAGCAUGCUAGUCUAUGCCUCGUUUUGUGAUGGCAGUAUUGGCAUCUUCGAUGCAGAGAGGCUGAGUUUAAGAUGCCAUCUUAACCCCUCAGUUUACUUAUCGCUAAAAGGAAGUCAAGUUGUGUAUCCGGUGGUGGUUGCAGCACAUCCACAGGAUCCCUAUCAAUUUGCUGUAGGGUUGACAGAUGGAUCAGUGAAAGUCAUUGAACCCUUCGAGCCAGAAGGGAAGUGGGAAGUGUUUAAACCACCCGAGGAAGGUUUUGCAAAUGGUAGGAGUGCAUCGACAUCCACAAGUCACCACGCAGCCGAGCAAGUGCAAAGAUGAAAUUUUGGUGAUAUACUUGAAACCAUCCCUGAAUUAUCCGCCUUCUCAGAGCAAAGAUGCAUGGGAGA